AUGUAUUCUCACAAAUCUGGUGCACUGAAGCGGAAAGAAAUACAGGCUAGGGAAGAGGCUGUUUCAAAGUGUGCAAGAACAUUAUUUGAAGUGGGUGUUAAGAAAAUAGACACUAAUAUAGAAGAACAGAAUAUCUUGCCCUCAUCCUCAGAGUCAGACCCCUCAACUUCACAGUCAUUAGUCCAGGAUGCCCAACAGGAAGCCGAAUCCGAUGUAAUAAAUGCAGAACCCAAAGACACUGAACAACAAAGAGAUAUAGGUUUGAUCCCUGAUAGGCCAUCUCGAGUGCAGAUUGAAGAUUUUGUUAGACAGGGCCCUCAGCCAAUACCAAGUCAAAUUGCUUCAGAUGGUGAAACUGGAAAACGAGAUUGGCUAGUGUAUAGUCAGCGUAAAAGAGCACUUUUUUGUUUUCCUUGUCGACUGUUUAUUGCAGGAUGUACACAACAGCCAAAAACACCUUCAAAUUUGGCUUCAUGUGGCAUUGGAAAACAAUCGUCAUGGAAAAAACUUUAUAACCGCAUUCCAGAACAUGAGCAUACAAACUACCACAAACAGUGUUAUCUAGACAGGCGUCAGUUAGAAGCACGUUUGAAAGAGGAAUCUGGAAUUGAUGAUCAGUUACAGAGAUCAAUUCAGUCUGAGAAAAGUAAAUGGAAGCUAAUUCUAAAACGAAUCUUGGAUGUUGUACGGACUUUAGGAGAGCGAGGCCUUUCAUUUCAAGGAGAGUCUAGCAUGAUAUGUGAUACAAAUAAUGGAAAUUUUCUUGGUAUAAUUGAGCUGCUUUCUCGUUAUGAUGCCAUUCUUCAAGAUCAUGUAUCUGAAGUGAGAGAAGCUCAGAAGGAUGGGAAGCGUCUUCAGGCUCAUUAUCUUUCCUAUUCGUCACAAAAUGAAUUCAUUCAAUGA